AUGCGGAUACGUCUGCCUUUUGCAGGUGUCUUCCUGUUUUUGUUAUUGGUAGCAGGAUACGCCGGCCUCAGCAAGCUCCAACUCGGGCAGUAUGUCAACGACAAAGUAUUACACGCCGGGACCUUCUUCUUGCUUACAGUUGUAUUCUACUGGAUUGUCGACACCAAUCGCCGCCGAACCCUAAACAUGACGCUGGUUGUUUGCACACUAUGCCUCGGCGUGGGGUCCGAGUUUCUGCAGAGCUUCCUUCCCAACGAUCGCGACUUUGACCUCUUCGACAUCGUGGCGAAUAUUGUCGGCAGCUUGGUUGGUUUAGGUCUGUGCUCGUGGUACCACAAGCGCAUGCUGGAGCGUAAGAGGCAGCAAAAAUCGUACAAUCCUGUUCCAGGAGAGGAUGACGAAGACGUCGAACUGGGCCAAGGCCAGGAGAGUGGCAUUAUCGAUGCCGGCCCGUCCAGGGUACGGACAUUGGAGGAAGAGGUGGAUAAUUGGGAUGAAAAUGCCCCGGAUGACUGGGAUGAGGACGAUGUGCCGGAGACGUCAGCUCCGCCUCCUGUCAGGAGUCAAGAACCCGACACCGUUGACAUUGGCGAUGCAAAGAAGCGGACAGACUGA